AUGGCUGGUGACAUUCUGAAGUUAUACGAUCAUGACGGUGACGGAAAAGUGUCCAGAGAGGAGUUUUCUUCUGGGCCUGUCAAAGAAGACCUCGAUGGACCAGAUCCAAAAAGAGAAACCAAAAAAGUCAAAAGGGAAGCCGAAUUUGAUAAACAAAUCGACGCUAACGGUGAUGGAGUGGCUACCGUCGAGGAGAUAUUCGAAUACAUAAAUCCGCUCCCCCCCGCCGCC